AUGUCGAAAGAUAUAGCUAAAGACAUGAGGUGGCACAAAGAUGAGCGACUUGAAGAUGGAGAUUACCUUAGACAUCUUGCUGAUUCAAUAGUGUGGAAAGAGUUUGAUAAAAAACAUGCUUGGUUUGCUGCAGAUUCUCGCAAUGUGCGACUUGGUUUAGCAAGCGAUGAGUUUAAUCCAUUUGGUAACAUGAGUACAUCAUAUAGCAUGUGGCUAGUAGUACUUAUGCCGUAUAAUUUACCUCCAUGGAGGUGUAUGAAGGAUCCAUAUAUGAUUUUUUCCUUACUUAUUCCUGGACAUAAGGCACCUGGAAACAAAAUUGAUGUGUACUUGCAACCGUUGGUGGAUGAUUUAAAAGAAUUAUGGAAUGAAGGCAUCAAGACGUAUGACGCAUCAACGCAACAUUCAUUUAAGUUGCAUGCAGCGUUAUUAUGGACUAUAAAUGAUUUUCUUGCAUAUGCGAACUUAUCUGGGUGGUCUACCAAGGGAAAGUUAGCAUGUCCCAUAUGUAACGAGAAUACAGAGUCGAGUUAUUUGAAGUCUAGCCACAAAUUGUGUUACAUGGGUCAUCGUCGAUUCUUACCUCAGGAACAUAAUUGGCGCAAAAAAAAAAAAGAAUUUUUUGAUGGAACUGAAGAGCAUAGGAUUGCUCCUAAUGAAUUAUCAGGAGAUCAACUGUUACAACAACUAAUGAAUGUUCCAAAAGUGCAAUUUGGAGAUGAUGAAGCUACAAGAAAAAGAAAACGCACGAAGAUCGAGUUGAAUUGGACAAAGAAAAGUACACUGAUGUAUGAUAGUGGAAAAGGGAAAAAUAAAGACACUUCUAAAGCACAAAAGGAUUUAGAAGAUAUGGGCAUACGUAAAGAUUUGCACUUACAAAAACUGUUUCCUGAUGGGUAUGCAUCUAACAUCAGUAGAUGUGUGAACACCAAUGAGCGUACGAUUUCAGGAAUGAAAAGUCAUGAUUUUCAUGACUUGUGUUCACGAACAUUGAAGUUAGAUGUCUUAAAUCAAAUGAAGGAAGACAUUGUUGUGAUUUUAUGCAAAAUGGAAAUGAUAUUUCCACCUGCUUUUUUCGAUAUAAUGGUACAUCUAGCUCUUCAUUUACCUCGAGAGGUAGAGCUUGUAGGCCCUGUUCAAUUUCGUUGGAUGUAUCCAAUUGAAAGGUUUCUUGGUAAAUUAAAGCGGUUUGUGCGAAACAGAGCACGUCCAGAAGGGUCAAUUGCUGAGGGAUAUUUAUCUGUUGAAUGUUUGACAUUUUGCUCCAUGUAUAUUCGUGAGAUUGAGACAGUAUGGAGUUGCAUCAUUGACAUUGAUCAUAAGCAUGAAGUUGAAUUCGAAAAUUGGUUCAAAGAUCGUAUAUGUGGGAGUAAUGCGACAAAUGUGUCAAAAGAAUUAUAUAGUCUUGCAUGCGGAUCUGAUGCUUUAGUUGCAGUUUACCAAGGUUGCAUUGUGAAUAAUGUUAGGUUCCACACAAAAGACCGUGAACAUACUCGUCGUACUCAAAAUAGCGGUGUCUUUGUUUCGGGUGAAGAUGGUGGAACAAAAACUAACUAUUAUGGUGAGUUGAGGAAUGUUUUGGAGCUAACCUAUAUGGGCAAUAAUCGUGUAUACUUAUUUGAGUGUGAUUGGUGGGACACUAGGGAUGGAACAGGAAUGCAAAGGGAUGAGCAUUGUACAAGUGUGAAUACAUCUCGUACAUAG